AUGACCUACGGGGAGUACGGGGACCACCUCUUGCGGUGGGGAGGAUACCUGCAGCGUCAAGGGCUGGUGAAGGGUUGCGUGGUAGCGGUGCUUAGCCCCAACACCAUCGACCUGAACCCCCUUGCGUAUGGCACGAUGCUUGUCGGCUGCGUCUACACCGGCAUCAAACCCCGAAAAAAAGUUCCUCUGACAUCUUUGGCCCAGAAGGCCCUGGAGUUGGCCCAACUGAGUAUUCCUUUAGUUUGCAUCGGGCCGGCGGGACCAGAUUCCUUGGCCCGGGCCGAAGAAAUUAUGAUGUCUUCAGAAAUCGCUUUCGCUGAACCCGCGCAGCUGUCGGGGGAAGAGGUGGUGGCCGUGGUGUACUCCAGCGGGACAUCAGGACCUCCUAAGGGCGUCUGCGUCACCCAUAACGCGGCCAUCGCAUCGCUGGACAUGAUGAAGCAUCCCAUGUUCUACAUCCCCGUCAUUGCCAGAGACCAAGAAGACGUGAGCAUAACUCAGCUGUUCCCGCUGUUCCAUGUCGCGGGCCUGAUCGCCGUGGGGGCGUUGGGGCUCCGCCAGGGCUUCCGGUUGGUCAAUUUCAUGCGGUUCGACCCCAGGACAUUCCUGGACAACAUCUUCACGUACAAGGUGAAUGGUGUGCAUUUACUACCAUCUUUGAUGAACUUCGCCCUGACACAAGAAAAAUUCAACCCCGAGAACUGCCGACACAUCGACGCCAUCUUGACGGGUGCCGCCCCUGUGCCUCAGUCGUCGGCUGAGGCCGUCAUGAGGAGGGUGGGGCCACAGGCACGACUGUUCCAUGGUUACGGCAUGACGGAGAUGUUGUUCGUGUCACAAGACCCCGUAUACGAGACUCGUUACGGGUCUACGGGGCUGCUUUUCCCCGGUCUCGAGGCUAAGGUCCGGCAUGUGGAGACCGGCGAGACCCUCGCCCCUGGAGACCGAGGGGAGCUUUGCCUCAG